ACUUGCCAGAGGAGGGAGUGACUGUCAGUCAGUGGAACAGCCACGUCACGCGCACUUUGGAUAUUUGACUCACAUUUUGUUCGUUUUCGCUUAAAUUAACUCCCAGAUAACGAGGUUCGGGACCAGAACUCUAAAGAACCACUCCGGUUUAAUAAGGUUUUCCUCUGAUAGUUCUUGGAGGUGUUGGAUCCGUGGUCCCGGUUCGGAGGUUUCUGCUGCCCUCUAGCGGCCUUCAGGAGGCUGUUCAGCCCGGGCUCGGUAACCUCCUCCCCGGCCGCCUCUCUCUCUGUGUUUGUGUAUGUGGAAUGCGGGUCAAGCGGAACUCACGGCAGAAACUGCGCUUCAAAUCUCACUCAAACCCCGGCGUGCAUCUGCCUGGCGUGCUCUGUAUGUACUGUCACAUUUAUCCUCAACUAUACACCUGUUUCUGUCAUGAUGUGCAGCUCUCUCAGAGGGUUCUGUGGACGGGUUUUGGACGGGUUUAUACAGCCCUGCUCUGGUCGCAGUCCGCUAGGAAAACGCGACAUCGUCAUUUAAAAUGGCGCCAAAGAUUAACCUCAGCCAGUGGAGCGCUGCUUCAAAAUGCCACACCGUGCCCUGCUGGUUCCGAGUUAAGAUAUCAGUGCAACAUUUCUGCUGUAAUUAUCAUUUUUAAAGGUGUGUUUACGUUUGCUCCAGGUAGUUAAACCGAGUCAGUUAUUGACCCCUAACCUUUGACAGAUACCCGGGACGGUGUGGUUUAAUGUGGGGCACAGCUAACGAGCUAACCGCUGAUACCAACCAGGAAUAACGUCAACCCGACGUCGCUGCGUCUGAUUAAAAACAUACAUUUUAAACGAGGAAUUAAUCCGAUUUAAACAGUUGAGAGUUUAUUUUAAGCACUGCGUGAAACCCAGUUAAAAAUAUUCCCGUUAUAAACAACAUUUCCAGUGGAGUUGCCGGGUGUGGGUGGGCCGCGUGUUGCAUAACGGUAGAUGGGAAAACUCGCUCGGUGGCUAACGUUAGCCCGCUAUAAUACGCUGUUUAUUAACAGGACUGCACGACUUUACCAUGAUCGUGACUGUAGAUUUUGCUAAGUUUACACGAAUAGAUAAAUCACUUAAACGCGUGAGUGUAUUAACAGGGGGAUAGUGGGUGUAAAAGUUGUUUUGCUAACGUUAGCGGCUAGUUAGCUUCAUAUCCUGACGGCUGGAAAAAGGGGCGUCACACCAACAGGAGUUAGCCCGCUGUUAGCUGAGUUAGCCCGGGUAGGGGUGAGCGCCUUUCCCCCUUAUGAUCUCUCCGUGGAGAGUCUAAAAUGUUUCCACCUCUUUGUAGUUUCUGGCUUUUGCACACUGCAAACUCAGAGUGUUGUUUAUAGUCAGUGAUACAUGUGCUUACAGCUUGUUGUCGCUGCUAAACAGUGAGUUGGUGUUGUGUCGUUCGCGAACGAUUCGUGCAAAAGAACCGAAUCUUCAAGCGAGGCUGUGUCCGAAACGAAUCACUUAAUCCCUAACCCUCAUAUGGGGUUUCACUAUAUAGCUGACUAUGUAGUGAGAGCAAUUACAGAAGGUUUUGGACACUACAUGGCAGUGUUGUUUUCGCUGACGUAUGUUCGUCACGUCAUAAUAUUUUUUCAGUGCCCCUUUUUCCACAACGAAGACGUGACGUUGACGAGCUAAACAUGUCUUAGAUGACUAAAAUGUGACGAGACAAAUGUGCGUUUACGUUGACGAGUUCACAAGAUUUGGUGAUUUGUGAUUUGGUGAACGAAUCUUUUGAACAAAUCUUUUUAGUGAACUGAUUCUAGUGAUUCAGUACAUCUAAAAGAAGCCACCGUAUGAGAAUUGGGUGGUUGUCAGAUAUGGACCUUUAGUUAUUUAAGUUCGUAUUCCUUUAUUACUUAUAUUAACUCUGUUUGUGACUGUUAACAUCUUGUCCAUUAUCCUAACGAGUGCAUAAGAACAAUUUAGUUUUUCUGCAACAUCUUUUCUGCAAAUAACUCUUUACAUAACAUGUUAUUUUCACUCCCUCGUGUUUUACACACAGCUGUUUUUGCCUCUGUAGUUAACUCUGAUGUAGUCCUUAUUUAUUUUAUCAUCAUGUCAGUAAUAUUUCUUGACUUUUGCUGUUAAAUUGUGCAAAACAACUUCUGUAAACUUAUAUUUUUAGCAUUAUCAGAAAUACAAAAGUGUCAUUCUCAAAUCUAAUGAAUCAGUUCAGAACUAGACGGGCUGCAGGAAUUUAAGACCCAAAUUAUUUUGUACCAAUCGAUGCAUAAAUAUGUGUUUAAAUGGUUGAAAUCUCAUGUUAAACUGUGCAGGUGCAUGCUCUCUGUGUUUUGACUCUUAAGUGUGCAGAAUAAUCCGUCAGGUUCACUGUCAGAUGUUGUGAUAUCAUGUUUUUCAGUUCAGAUUUCAUCAUUUCUGCAUUUUUUUCCGUUAUGUAAUCAGUUUUGUUUUAUUUUAACCUCUUCUCUGUUUUGUUUAGUGUCCUUAAGCCAGAGCCUCGCAGACACACAACAAUGAAGAGAAGCAGGCACCCGAGCAGCAGCGAUGACUCCGACAAUGGAAGUAAGCAAAGUAAUGUCUGUGCUGACUCACUCAUACUCAGUCCAAAUAUAGACCUGAAUGAGGUCAGUACGAGCCCGCCACCUUCCUCAGUUUCACUCAGAAAUUGCAGAGCAGCACUGUAACUUUGCCAACUUGAAGAGUUCUGACAGUAAAUUCCUACAUGGGGAAAAAAACAAAGAUCAUGUUUAUGAAGGGGUUUUCUCCAGGCUCUUCUCUUCCUCUUGAAAACGUGUCUUCACUCUUGUGCCAGGAAAUGUGUAUUUAUGUGCAAGAAAGAGGACAGCAGAAGGAGGUCAGAUUAAAGAAGAAGGAAAGGAGGCGUACAGGUUGAGAGACAGGAGACAGAGUAGAGACUGGAGGCCCAUUAGGACCUUUAAAAACACCCCGGCAGGUCAGAAAGAGGAGCUUUAAAAGCUGCACAAGACCUGAGCUGAAGAGCGCUUUAUUAUAUCUCAUGGACUCAUUGAGUAAGCUGUUAAUGAGUGAAAAUCAAAUUAAGGUUCAGAGACAUCUAAACAGACUGAUGGGUUAUCUGGAGCUUUCAUUUGAAGCUGUUAUAAAUAAAGGUUUGGUUCAGGAUAUCAAGGUCCCACAAAGGUGCUACUGUCUGUUUUUAGAAGCAGCUUAAACUCAAAUCAGAAGUGAAAUCAGAAAACUCAAGAUGUGCCGUUUUGACUAUUCAAAUGAGCCGGACGACUCGGGGAAAUCCAGACACACAUUUGGAGACGUUUGUUAGAGGAAAUGGAGAGACGUCGAAUAAUCUGUGGUGAUCUUCCUCCUCCUCCUCCAGGUAACUCCACCUGCUGGUCCCAACAUUCAUCACAGCCCAGGAGGGGGACCGGGCAGAAACCCUCAGAGGUAAGACCAACAGAAAGAAAAUUAUCAUUUAAUUGAAAUAUUCAAAGGAAUAAGUCAGUUUAUUAUUUUAUUUAUAGUAUGAAUACAGUCUUAAAGUUCUGUUUUUAUCGUCAUAAUUUCACCUCGGCCAUCAUAAUCAAACUGCCGCUCCUUUAGGCAGAAACUUAGCAGCUGUUAUCUGCUGUACAGUCUGUGGACUUGGAGCCUGCAGGCCACUGUACACGCCCUCAAACUGAGAGCCAAUCAGAUCAAAACAAAACAUUGACUCCAGUCCAAGCAGGAUCCUGAUUGGCCGAUUCUUGCACGGCUGUGUAAACACAACGUGGUACUUUUUAACCCUACAAACGCUGAUAUGAAGCAACUGCAGAGGGAGAGACUUUGUGUUUAUUGUAGUUGUAAACAUGUUUAUCUAAACUGUUUUUAUGAAUCAUUAUAAAUAAGCGACAUUAUUCUGUUUUGUUUCUUUGAGCUUCAACAAAGUUUCCUCGACCGACUCCAAAUUCUGUUCUUCUGCUGCAGGUUUUUAGGACAGACCUGAUCACCGCCAUGAAAGUGCACGACUCGUACCAGCUCAACCCAGAGGAGUACUACAUCCUCGCCGACCCGUGGAGGCAGGAGUGGGAAAAGGGGGUCCAGGUCCCCGUCAGCCCCCAAUCCAUCCCACAGCCUGUCGUCAGGUCAGACUAAAGAAAUCUGCAUCUUUUCUCACAGGAUCCAGUGAAUUGAUGAGUGCGGGUUUGUAAAGUGUGUCUCGUCUGUGCGAUGCAGGGUGUUGGCAGAAAAAGAGAAGGAGGUGAUGUUCAUCAGGCCAAAGAAGCUGAUCAGGACGUCGGGGACCGAGGCGUUGGGCUACGUCGACAUCCGGACUCUAGCAGAGGGAAUGUGCCGCUACGACCUCAACGAGGAAGACGUGGCCUGGCUGCAGAGCGUGAACCAGGAGUUUGCAGAGAUGGGUGAGUCAGUGACGUGAACCCUGAGACAAAUAUGGCCGACUUUAAGGAGACCCGGUUUCACCUUCGUUAUGUCAGUCCAGGACUCUCAAACUGGAAUCUGUGAAACUUUCAUUCCAGCACUUUUCAUCCUCUGCCUGUUUUUCCUCUCAUUUAAAGUGAGACUCAGCUUGUGGGUCGUUAGUUUCUUUACAGCUUUGUUGUUAUUAAACAACAGGAAAGUGACACCUCAACAAAAAUGGUCCAAGAUCAGCUGUUACCAGCGGCUCUAUCUUUGUUAGCUGCUGGUGUAGUGUUACCUACAGCGUGUGCUUUUAAGCCUUCAUGGAAGACAGCCCCAGGUUUUAACAGCAGCUGAGGCACAAAUCCUGCUCGUUUUGGCCUCUCGUUACAGAAAAAUUAUCAGUGAAGUUUCAGACAAAAACGUCGACUUUGUGGCCGUUAUUGUCCUGAAAACAUUAAAACUUCCAAGAGCGUUCAAAAGCAAGUUUAAAAGAGAUAAUGAAUCAAAAAAGUGCAGAACAGAGGUUUAGUUAAAAAAAAAUAAGAAUAACUUAAUUAUUAUGACUUUAUUAUUUUGCUAUUAUUUUUAUUUAGUUUGAAAAUAAACUAAAACAAGGAUCAGUAAAGUAGGUCUCCUUAAACAAAGACAGCAUUCCUUAGAUAUUAGUGCGUUUCUACAGAAGCACAUUGCAUUCACCAAAAAAAAGAAAGCUCAGUUUUUCAGAGUAUUUAUUUUCUUGCUUUGUUUUUCAGACUAAUUGUUUUUCCUAUCAUGAUAAUUUAAAAACAGACGCUUUCAUCCCCCUCUGCUGGGUUUAUUGGCCCACAUGUUCAAUUUAAUCAAGUUUUACUUUCGUUUGGGUUUGAGACACUCAGAGAUCCUCCUUUCUUUAAGUCAGACAGAUGGAAUCAUCAUUAGUUUGUCUUCUUUGCGUCGGCACUUCAGGAUUUACAAACCCUAUGUUUAACUAAUAAUACGCUUUACUCCCAUUGAUCCUGUAGUCAAAGUUAUCUAGGAGCUGGAGAAUCCACUGAUUCGGAGCAGCUGUGGUGGUUAACGUUAUCUGACUGUCUGAGAUUCUCGCAGGAUAUCUCGCUUAGUUAGGAAAAAAAAAUGUCCAAAAUACAGAAAGACAAAAAAAAUAGUCUGAAAAACAGAAAAAAAACAGUCAUUGCAAGUUGAUACUAAAGUUCUUUGUCAUAGUUUAGUUUAAAAAAAUGUUGCUGGAUGUCUGACAAACAUGUAGAGUUUUACUUUGUCUCUCUAUUCAUGUCUGUCUCUUUUUACAAAGUUUAUUUAAGUGAGGCACAGAGUCGAGUUUUAUUCAGUUUAUGAGCAGUUUAAUCGAAGUUUAUCUGAAGAACUGAGAACAGAAUAAAGUCAGAGUUUAUUCAGAGUCGAGGAUUCAGAGUCUUUUUUUAACCUUCUUUUGACCACAUGUUUGUGUCGACUACAUUCUGCCUCUUUCUUUGGGUCUUUAUGGUUCGAUGACUCACAGCAAACCUGUAAUUAGCUGUAAUUUCAGAGUUUAGUCGGUCGGGUUAUCUCCAAAAUGUCCGCUUGUUAAGAGAGCUUUUAGAAAAUGUUCACCGUGACUUAAACUCGUAAACCUCCCCCCUCCUGCUCCCUCAGCCUUGCCCCCGCUGGACGAGAUCACCGUGGAGCGCGUGAUGGAGGAGUUUGAGCGCUGCUGCCAUGACAACAUGACGCACGCCAUGGAGACGGAGGAGGGGCUGGGCAUCGAGUACGACGAGGACGUGGUGUGUGACGUCUGCCAGUCGCCCGACGGGGAGGACAACAACGAGAUGGUGUUCUGCGACAAGUGCAACAUCUGCGUUCACCAGGUCAGAGGUCAAAAACACACACGCACACACACACACACGCUCAUUUAACCAGCUCUACAUGAGAGGAAAACGCCAAAUGAAGUUAAAGUCUCAGCUGAUGAGACGUUUUAGUCGGAGUAAAAAUCAAACUGAAAGUGACUUUUCUCACAAACUCUCUGUGGUGUUACAUUUCUGUCUGGACGCUCAGCUGGGAUCUAUUUGCGUUUUUCUCGCCAGGCGUGUUACGGCAUCCAGAAAGUCCCCAAAGGCAGCUGGCUGUGCCGGAUCUGCGCCCUCGGCAUUCUGCCAAAGUGCCAGUUAUGUCCCAAGAAGGGAGGAGCCAUGAAGCCGACCCGGAGUGGAACCAAGUGGGUCCACGUCAGCUGUGCCUUGUGGAUCCCAGAGGUGAAGGAAACAUCCGCUCGUUUGGGUUUGACUGUGUUUUUAUGAGACGAUUUAACAGGCUGAAGUUGUUUCCUUCAAAUAAAUGAGCUUAGAUUUGUUGUUGAUUAUACGCUGAACAAAAAACGCGGCAAAACAACAAAGCACAGACGCUGCACAGGUGUCCUUUACUCCUCAUGACUCAGUGAAAACAAAGAUCCAUUUUCUGUGUUUGCUUUUCCAAAUGAGUCAACACCACCUGUGCUGAAACGUGAGCCACACGUGCCUCUCUCUCUCUCUCUCUCUCUCUCAUCAUGAUGUUUAAUCUGCCGCGCAGGUGAGCAUCGGCAACCCGGAGAAGAUGGAGCCGAUCACCAACGUGUCCCAGAUUCCCAGCAACAGAUGGGCUCUGAUCUGCUGCCUGUGCAAAGAGAAGACGGGAGCGUGCAUCCAGGUAGAGCGCCGCUCACGCUUCACUCACUCAGCGCAGAAAUGAGAGACGUUUAAUGAGACGUGAAGAAGCCGAGCGUGAGCAAAUAUACUCCCCGUGUGAGCUGAGGAGCGAUGUCUUCAUGUGAGGCGUUCAGCAGAGUGAAGCAAACACUGAAACAAGAAGUGAAGAGUCGGCACAAAAACACUUUUUAUUUCUAUUUCAGGUUUGAUUUAGAGGAUAAAAGUAAAACAAAUCAGCGUAAAAUAAGAACAAUUUAAACUCUAAGCCAGAGGAUGAGGGGAGCUUGCUGUAUGAUCCAGCAGAGGGCGCUCUCAUCAUAAUCAAGCCAAUCCAAGCUCUUAGUGAACUAAUAUGUUAUCUGUUUGAAGUCAGCUGUAGUUGUUAUUUAACUUAUUGACUUGAUCUGACUGGAUUCUUCACAAAAACUAUGAAAUAUCAAAACUUUGACGUGGUCUUCAACUUCUCCAGAAACUCCCGCUUGUUUUAAAUCAUACUAAAUGUUAGAUAUAAUUAAUUUUAACUCAAACUAAUCCACCUUAAUUUAUAUUAACCAAUUAAUAUUUAAAGGGAUAUUCUGGCGUAAAAUUGAUUAACUCGGUGUUACAGUGUGUUUGACCUUAAAUUAAUUUUACGCCGGAAUAUCCCUUUGAGGAACAUUUCAAACUUAAUAUUUAAUGAUAUUGUCAAUUUAAAUCAAAUCGUCUCACUCUAUGAUGGUUUAUGUGAAUUUAAUCUACAAAAGAGACCGAAAAUAAUCCUAAAAGCCACAAAUCUAAACCACCAGUGCCACUUUAUUAGUUUAAAGACUGUAUUUUAAAUGCACAGGGCUUAAAUGAUCAAUAAACAUAAACAUUUUAAUCUCUAAAUCACUAAAUUUAAGUUAUCUUGUUUGUUAAUUUGAUUGAAAUUAAGAUUUUAUAGAGAAUCUCUCAAGACUGUUCUGACACACUCCCUCCCGGUCACAUCGUCUCUCGUUUUCAAACAUCAAACUGUCUGAGAAACUAAAAUGUUUUUUCUGUAAAUAUUCUCCAGUGUUCAGCAAAAAACUGCCGGACUGCCUUCCACGUGACGUGCGGCCUCCACGCCAGCCUUGAAAUGAACACCAUCCUCACAGAGGACGACGAGGUCAAGUUCAAGUCCUACUGCCCCAAACACUCCGGGCUGGAGGGCGCCGAGUCCAGAGACCGAGACUCAGAAGGCGAGGAGGAGAAGGAGAGCGCCAGAGACAAGAAGGGCAAGAGGAGAGGAAGGGUGAGAGAGGAGGAGGACUCUGCCUCUUCCUCUCCGUACGUGGCGCCUCAGCUCGCCACAAGAGCGCCCGAAGAUCUGGAGACGCUCAGCAGCCGCCAGCAGGAGAAAAGAGUCAACCUCCGUAAGCUGAAGCUGCAGGCGAUGGAGGAGGACUUCUACCAGUUUGUGGAGGUGGAGGAGGUGGCCGGUCACCUGAAGCUGCAGCCGGAGGUGGUGGACUUCGUCUUCCAGUACUGGAAACUCAAACGCAAAGCCAACUUCAACCAGCCGCUCCUCACGCCAAAGAAGGACGAGGAGGACAGCCUGGCGCGCCGCGAGCAGGAAGUGCUGCUGCGACGUCUGCAGCUCUUCACGCACCUCCGCCAGGACCUGGAGAGGGUAGGUCUUUACUUCACCUGCGACGAGGCUCACAGGAGCAGAGCAAAUCUGCACUUUCAUCCUGCAGAAGUGAGGAUGUUUACGUUUAGAAAUGAUGAUCUGUCUGAAGAAACCUCUUACUGUUGCUCCUCAGGUGCGUAAUCUCACCUACAUGGUGACGCGAAGGGAGAAGAUGAAGCGCUCGUUGUGGAGAGUCCAGGAGCAGAUCUUCCAACACCAAGUCCGACUGCUGGACCACGAGCUUCUCAAAGGUGAGUCGGAUGAAAAUGGAUGAGAAAAGUAGAGGACCAAAAACACAGCCCUGUGGUACUCCAGUGUUAAUGAGUGUGUGUCUGACUUGUGUGUGUGUGUGUUUCAGGAGAUCCCUCAGCCAAGGAUUUGGAAAAGCUCUUCUCUCUGGGCUGGUUAUCCUCUCAGGGCUCCCAGCCUCGCUCCUCAUGGGGCCACUCCGGACUCAAAACCAAACGGGGGUCUUCAAAGCAGGAACGAAGGAAAAGCAGCGACAGAAGAGGCCUCUUGGACUCCCCGCACACUUUCAGGGCGGACAACCUGAGCGAAUCACUGGAGACUAAAGACAGUAAAGCGUCUGCGCCUGCUGAAGCCACGAGCGAACCCAAAGUCUUAAACUCUGAGAUCCUCCUGGAGAGCCCGUUCCCACAACUUCAGAAGUCAGAGACUUUUCAGGACACGAUGAAUGUCAAACUGCACAAAUCUGAGAGCAGAAAAAGCUCGAGAAGGGAGGUCGAACACGAGGCUCUGGCGAGAAGAAAACGAGACAACGACCACGAACAAGAGGAGAGGAGGAGGAAGAGGAGGAGCGACGCGGUGGAGAGUUUCCCAGGUCAGGGUAGGAUUAGGUACGGGUCUAAACAUCUAGAGAAAACUGUGUCCAUCAGGCUGGUCGAUAUCAGGAGCUCCGACAAUGACGACUAUUUCAUGGAGGAGGGGAUGACGAAAAGAAGCCCCGCCUCCGAAGCGGCUGUCGGGGCCAACGGCUGGCUGAGGAAGGCGAACGGCUCGCACACACCCAGCAGGCAAGUGGGCAGCCAUCUGAGAGGCUGGGGCAAAUUCAGGAUCCCUAAAAGGAACGAAAGACCUCUGAUGGCGAAGGAAGAAGAGGAGGAGGAGGAAGUGGAACGUCACGAACCCGCGCCGCAGAGGCCUCCGAUAAACACGCCAAACCCUAGGACCAGACUCCGCACGGGGGCCGAGAGCGACGGCUACGCCUCCGACUCCAAAACCGGCGACAGCGAGGUGGAGCCGUGCCUGAAACGAUGCCACUCUCACCAGCUGAGGGGUGAGUCUUCUCUGGCUCGCCGCUACGGCUCUGACAUCAUCCGGCGCGGCGUGCUGGCGUCCUGAUGUCUAGAAGAACACUUUGAAAAAUAAGCUGCACUGGAGAGAAGGACAGUCGCUCUUUGUACCUUUAUUUUUCUGGAAGAAUAGAGUAAAACGCCUAGAUUAAAAACAGAGCUGAUAUUUAUUUUUAUUUGUAACAUAUGUAAAUCUGGGAAAUAUUUGACUUUUUACUUUAUUUUCUGCUAGUUCUUAUUUUUAUUUCUUUGUUUUUAAAGUAGAAAGAUGUCAAGUUGCCACUUAAAACGCUUGCUCAGAUUUUUACAAGCAAACACAUCAACAAAGGGAGGAGGUGUGAUCUUUGCUUGGGACCACAUAAGCUUACGAUGUAUUUUUGUUUUUGAGAUAGUAUUAAACUCAGUUGCACUUAGUUGAAAAAGCUGAUAAAUGUCAGUGAACUAGAACUCUAUAGGUUUUAUUUUUAAUCAAGCUAACAGCUAUAAACAGGAAAUCUUACUGCCCUUGUUCUGCUUUUAAACUCCGGCUAUCAUCUUCAUCAUCUUCUUCUUCUUCUUCUUCUCAGACUGUCUUUAACAUGAAAUGAACUCAGACCCACGUUUGACUCGUCAUCAUCAGCACUUAAGUGUAAUUGAACUGCGAUCGUAUCCAUCAUGUGCCUAACUUUUAUUUGAAGCGUUUGCACUACGAGAGGACGGCACAGGUGUGAGGUAUGAGUAGAGUUAUUUUUACACUGAAAAACAGAAUAGAAGCGUUUUUGUACCCUCGGCUGCUGCUGUACUACUGUUAUGCAAAAUGAAAGUUGUUUUUUUUGUCUGUCUUAAAGAUGAAUAAAAAAAAAUAAAAUUACUCGGU